GAGAGGCAGAGGGAGAGAGGGAGGGAGUGAGAGAGGAGGGAGGGAGUGAGAGAGGAGGGAGGGAGGGAGGGGGGUGAGAGUAGUCAGUCAGUGGACUGGGCUGUCCUCAGGUGUUUGGCUCCAGUCAUGGCCGGGAACUCAGAGAAAGUACCGAUCGCCUCGGCAGGACCAGAGGACCUGCAGCAGUUCAUGCCUCCGGCCUACUCCGCCGUGGCCGUGAAACCCGCCGCCACCGGCCGCCUCCUGAAGGCCGGGAUCGCAGUGCUCAUCGCCGGGGCCCUCCUACUGCUGCUGGGCGCAGUCGGUGCCUUCUACUUCUGGAACAACAAUGAAAAACACGUCUACAAUGUCCACUACAGCAUGAGCAUCAAUGGCAGAGUGGAGGAGGGUACAAUGGAGAUCGACACGGCCAACAACAUGGAGAGGUUCAGCACCGGCAGCGGGGCGGACGAGGCCGUCGAGGUCCACGACUUUGAGAUCGGCAUCACUGGGAUCCGGUUUUCAGGUGGAGAGAAGUGCUACAUCAAGACCCAAGUGAAGGCUCGUCUGCCUGAUGUGGAGGCUCUCAACAAGGAAUCGAUGACUUUCGAUCUGGAGGACGAGGUGAUGCCAGCCAAAUUUGAGGAUGAUCUGAUCUGGGUGGCAGCUGACACUCCCCUCUCGGACUCUGCCUUCCUCAGCAACAAGAUAAAGGACCUGUGCGGAGACCUGCCAAUCUUCUGGCUCCGUCCCACCUACUCCACCAGCGGACAGAGGAAGAGGAGGGCUGUCCCCCGCCGCCGCCGCCAGGCAGCCGGGGCCGGGGAGGAGGAGGAAGAGGACGUGGAGGCAGAGUUCAACCCGGAGAACCCCUACCAGAGAGGCCUCGAGGGCGAGCAGGGCACCAUGAACAUCGACCCCAUGCUGGACCACCAGGGCGUGUGCUGCCACGAGUGCCGCCGCAGCUACACCCACUGCCAGAGGAUCUGCGAGCCGCUGGGAGGGUACCACCCGUGGCCGUACCACUACAGGGGCUGCAGGGUGGUCUGCAGAGUUAUCAUGCCCUGCAACUGGUGGGUGGCGCGCAUCUUGGGUCUGGUGUAGACCAACGAUUGAUGCCUUUGUCAAGUUGAUUAUUUUCUCUUUUCAUCAACUUGUUUGGUCGUUAAAAAUGACACGUUUUUUUUGUCCACAACUCAAAGAUUAUAUACGCAGUUUACUGUCACAGAGGGGUGAAGAAACCAGAAAACCAGUCACAUUUGACAGUCUGGAAUCGGAAUUUCUCAAUCCGAUUAAUCGAUUAGCAAAAUAGUAAGCGGAUACUUUAAUAGUCGAAUAGCCGAUUAACCAUCGCAGCGAUAGUGUAGAAUCCCCCACCAACGUAGGAGAUGGUAGAGUAGAGGAGGGGGGUGAAACCAGGAGCGGUGGGUCAAGAGGAGAGUUUAGGGAGGUGGUGCUUUCUUGCCGUCAUCGACUGUAGUUACCCGACUCGCAGGAAACGAUCAGCAUCAGUCUCCGUGCUCAGACGUUUUAAAUCCACGCUACAGAAUCUAGGACAGACAUGUAAAGAAACGCAGCAGCUGCACUCUGCACAGCUUGUCUUAUUAAAUAAACAUACCUGCUAUCGAUUCGGGAUCCUUCUGGACUACAGCAACAACAUGCUGUCAGGAGAGAACACGAGUUGCCACACGGAACAUCCAACAGACCUGUCAUCAAUUUUUGAUAGAAAAAAAAAAAAAAAAAGCAUUGACGCCUGCAUUGAUUUGAAUUAUGUUUAAGGGCGCCCAUUUAUGUAGAGGAAAAGCAGGCGAGCUUUUGUUUAUUGAGCUGGUAGUCACUAUUUUGCUUUCAGUCUUUCUGCUUUUCGAUGUAAAUAAAUGUAUAGGGUGCAAAGCAUUCCAGCAGCGGUCCGCUGGCUUCAGUUAGCGGCGAGUGUUUGCUGGGAAAUCUUUUUGACUCCCGUGUUUUUAACCCUUUCCUUUUCCUGUUUUGUCUUCAUGAGUAGCUCUCACUGAAACAAAGAACUGUACUCGCUGUCUCUCAAACCUUCAUCCUCACGUGUUUUCAUCUGCAUUGAAGAAGCUCUACCAAAAGUGCAAUAUCACUGAAUAAACUUUUUUAAGUAAACUCUACAGUGUCACCGCUUCUUUCGUUAUUGACCGAAUGACUCAGUAUCCAUUGUGUAAAUACACAUGGCUUCCAGCUCAUGGUGGGGCCGGUUUGGGAACACCCUCUCCCCCUCUCGUGCGCGCUCAAGACACUUCGCAGUUUGGAGAUGCGUCACAUCUGGUGGCUGCUCCAAAGGGAUGAGCAGAAAGAAGUUUUCAGAGUUCUUUAAUGUUGAGAGUUACAGCUCUAGAACUCUUUAAUGAGACUAAAGACUCUGUAGCCGUCACGCUCCCAGAUCUUACCCACGAUGCAAAGCGCUUAGCUCCUUUUGAUGUCACAGAGCCGCCUCAGGCAGGGGUAGGGGGUAAGGAUGGGGGCGGUGUGUUUGUGUGUGUGUGUGUGUGUGUGUGUGUGUGUGUGUGUGUGUGUGUGUGAGUGUGUGUCAGGGAUAGUGUAGGAGUGUGUGUGUGUGAGAGUGUGUUAUGAAGCUAAGAGUUCCAUCCAGAGCCACAAACGGGCGUUUGAUCGUCACGAGAGAUGAAACGAUGUGUGAUGAAUUUAACACUUAACUCAGUGUGAGAGGCUUGAUGAUGCGGUUAGGAGGCUGAUCCAUAUUAAUGCUCUCUUGCCGCGGCAGGACGCCUCCUCACAGUUACAGCUGCCGCAGAUAUGUGGUUGGAGAGCAGGGGAGGUGCCCACUCUUCCACAUCUCCCACUGUAAAUCAGCACUUCACCUCAGGGCUGCGUCCUCGCCCGCUGGCCAAACGACUCCGGGCUCCUGAUACCAAUCGAGCCGCCAUACGUAAAACCCCAUCCCCGAGCCGUCAACCCUAUCUGAGGCGCCUGCGCUGCUAUCAGUAAUGCCACAUUUCAUUCCUCCCAGCACAUAAUCACACAGCGUGGCUCACUGUCAUAAUAUAUUGCUGCUUUUGCAUCUGAUGAAUCCCUUCCGAGAGGUUCAAACCUGUCCAAAAACGGUUUCCAGGGACAAACGCACCAUAAAACACGAGAUAAAGUUUGUGAGCCAAACAACAAAUCUUUUAUUUACACCGAAGCUUGAAUCACACUGAGGGAGCAACAUGGUGCUACGCCACUGGCUCACAUGCCACACAGAUUCCCGAGUAUUGCUGUUGACUUUUUACCGGGUGUACAGAAAAACUGCAUGAAACAAGCAAAAUGCAAUCAUAGCUGUUAUUUAAACAUCUCAGUCGGUUCUCAUCUUCAACAACUUUACAUUAUUAUACAAGAGCUGAUAACAGGAAGUCACAAAAGGCUCCCACAUAGAAAGGCUGCAGGCGUUUUGAGAAAAACCGGGAGAGGCAGAGGAGAGAAGUUUCUAAAAACCACAUGUGAGAGAUAAAUUGGAGGAUUUCCGGUCCAUCAGUCAAAUCUGAAUCCCUUUUGAAUCCACGAGCCUUUAAAAAUCUGAUUC